ACCACUCUCUUUUGCAACUCUUAAAUCGUCAAAGGCCAUCUAUUCGAUCAGCUAGGAUCUUCUAUUCUUUUGUUUCCUAUGGCGACAGAACAAGAAGCUGAAACUGUAAGAGAGACUUCCUCUGUUUCCGGAAGAUUUCCAAGGAACAGAGACUUGUACCUCUUCUUGCCUUUCUUCCUAGGCUUUUCUAAUCAAGAAUCACCAGACAGAGACGGUGAUGUUGCUUCGACGCGUGACCGUGUCAUUCUAGUCAACCCUUUUACGCAAGGAAUGAUCGUCCUCGAGGAGUCAUCGGGAUUGAAUCCUCUGCUUCGCGGCUUAAUUGAAUCACGUGAGGAAGGUCAUCCUCCAGCGUCCAAGGCUUCCAUCGAUGCGAUGCCGGUCGUUGAUAUCGAGGACUGCCAAGGUGAGUGUGUGAUUUGUCUAGAGGAGUGGCAGGCGGGGGAGACGGUGAAGGAGAUGCCUUGUAAGCAUCGGUUUCAUGGAGGAUGUAUAGAGAAAUGGCUAGGGCUUCGUGGGUCGUGUCCUGUUUGUAGGUUCGAGAUGCCUGUUGAUGGAGAUGAGGCUGGGAAGAAAAGUAAUGAUGGGCGAGAGAUUUGGGUUAGGUUUAGUUUCAACGGUGGUGGUCGGAGUGUGAGAGAUUCUUCUGGUCAUGACCAUGGAAACAGUGACGGUGAUGGUAACACUGUUAGAUCUGGUGUAACAAGACCUGUUCUCGAGUCCGAGAAUUAGAGUUACAGAAGAAGGAACUUGCGCCACUCUUUUGCUCCCUUUGUUCUAUGUUUUGUUUCUUAAAUUCUUGUAUUAUAAUGAAAAUCUUUUUUAGAAAA